AUGAGGAUCGCCGGAGGGAGGACAAAGUGGUCGGCGACGGCGGCGAGCAUAUGGAUCCAGUGCACCAGCGGCUCCAUUUACUGCUUCGGCGUCUACUCCUCCCUCCUCCAGUCCUCUCAGGGCUACACCCGCACCGCCCUCAACACCGUCGCCCUCUUCAAGGACGUCGGUGGCAACGCCGGGCUUUCCUCGGGUUUCCUCUACUCCUCUUCCGUCGCCGGUGGCGGCCCACGGCCGGUGCUCGCCGUCGGCGCCGUCCUCAGCUUCGCCGGAUUCUUCCCCAUCUGGCUCGCCGUAACCGGUGCCAUACCCCGCCUCCCGCUGCCGCUGAUGUGUCUCCUCAUGUUCCUCGCCUCCAACUCCACCACCUUCUUUAAUACCGCCUGCGUCGUCACCGCCGCACAGAACUUCCCAGAUAACCGGGGCACCGUCGUGGGCAUCAUGAAGGUAGUUCCGUCAGUGAACCCCCCGGUGCGGUGAAGUAUUUCAUGUGCUCCUGAAUGCCCAAUUCUGAUCAAAAAGCAUGAAAUCUACAUACCCAUUAAUGGAUAAUCUUCACCAGUUCAAAAAAACGCAUUCAAACAUACACAAUCAAAGUUAUUUUUUGUCAUCAUCCCCAAAUGAUGUAAUCCAAAAACGGAGAUCUAUCUGAGCCAGUUUCUUCCAAACUCGAUUACUUAUAAAACAUUAUUUUUUCAUCUUUUAUGAUUGAUAAGAUUAUUCUGAAGAGUUCUUCGAUUCAAUCCUUUUUGUUUAGGGCUUUUUAGGUCUCAGCGGAGCAAUUCUAAUCCAGCUAUUUCGAACAUCGUUUGAAGGAAAGCCGAGCUACUUUCUUCUCAUGCUCGCAGUGUUGCCAACGCUCCUCACGCUUCUCCUCAUGAGUUUUGUACAUGUUAACCAGGCACAGCAUAGAAGGGAGAAACCAGUCCUGAAUGGCUUCUCUCUAAUAUCUUUGGUCGUCGCCGGGUACCUAAUGAUGAUCAUAAUUUGGGAAAACUUGCAGCCCCUUCCAUCACUGACAAGGAUUUUCAUAUUUUUCUUGCUGCUGAUACUACUCGCAUCUCCAGCGUACAUUGCAAUCAAAGGCAACUCUCAAGACCCCGUACAACAGCAAGAAGAAGCAUUGAUCAGUGAAAGAAACCCACUAAUACAGGAAGAUAACCGAUUGGACCCACGAGUGACAAGAGAGUACGAAACGAUCCCCGUGUACGAUAAAAUGCCUGGAAGGGUUCCAGUUGCCUCUGGGCCUCCAACAUGCGGAGAAAGGAUCUAUAUGAGAGACAACGAUCUAACUCUCCUCCAAGCCAUGAGGACCAUCAAUUUUUGGCUGUUGUUUCUGGCCAUGGCAUGCGGCAUGGGCUCGGGAUUAGCCACGGUCAACAAUAUUGGUCAGAUUGGACAUUCACUUGGUUACACUAGCAAAGAGACCAACACCUUGGUCUCUCUGUGGAGCAUAUGGAAUUUUCUAGGCCGUUUUGGGGCAGGUUACACCUCAGACUACUUCCUUCAAUCAAAAGGCUAUGCAAGGCCGUUAUUCAUCUCUAUAACGCUGGCGAUUAUGUCCGUCGGACAUGUAGUGAUUUCUUCCGGCAUACCUGGAGCUCUCUAUAUUGGAUCGAUAUUCGUCGGCCUGUGUUAUGGUUGCCAGUGGUCAUUGGCCCCCAUCAUCACAUCAGAGAUUUUUGGACUACGCCACAUGGGAACGGUGUUCAACAUGAUAUCCUUGGCGAGCCCUCUGGGGUCCUACAUCCUAUCGGUAAAAGUGGUCGGAUAUCUCUUUGACAUGAAGGUAGGACGGUUGUCUGACCUGAGGGCGUGCGCGAACAGCCACUGCUUUAUGAUAUCCUUCCUAGUGAUGGGAUCAGUUAGCUUUUCUGGGUCAAUCCUCUCAUUGGUGUUAUUUUUCCGAACGAGAAGGUUUUAUGAGCAUAUCAUAUUUCCAAGGCUCCAGAACCUGAAGCGAGACUCUACGUAA